AUGCAGAAACACCAUCAUUUUACAAUCAACCCUCGGUCACAAACAUCCACGUCCUCAUCGUUCUCGUCAGGAGCUUGCUUUCUUCCACCCCUUUUAUCUCUCCCUCCCUCCAUGCAACGUCUAUUAAACAGCAAAGAGCCGUCUAUUUUGAGUGAAAGUUCUAGUUGAUGAUUGUGGCCUGCAGGCAGACCAAUGAGUUCUGGUAAGAAAAAAUUAAAAGAUCUACUGCAGCAAAGUGAUAAUCGUACUUGUGCUGAUUGCGGUGCGCCCGACCCUAAAUGGGCGUCACCCCCUCUUGGAGUGUUUGUAUGCUUGAAAUGCUGUGGCGUUCACAGAACUCUAGAUCCAAGUAUUUCAAAGGUUUUAUCCGUGACAUUAGAUGAAUGGACUGAUGAGGAAAUUGAUGCCAUGGUUGAAGUUGGAGGAAAUAGUUCUGCAAAUUCAAUCUAUGAGGGUCAUUUUCCUGAAGGAGUUACUAAGCCUGGGCCAGAUGCUAGUCAUGAGCAACGUGCAAAGUUUAUCAGGUCCAAAUAUGAGCUUCAAGACUUCCUGAAACCAAGUUUGAAGAUCUCAUCAACUAAUGCUAAAAGGAACACAAGUGAAAGGGCUAAUAGUUUACCAGCUACAAGUUCGAUACAGAUGCCUGAAGGAAUGGAAGGAGCUAUUGGAAUGCUGAAGAUCACUAUACUUCAAGGUGCAAAUCUUGCUGUCCGAGAUAUGCUAUCAAGUGAUCCUUAUGUUGUUCUUACGCUAGGCGAGCAGAAGGCUCAAACAACUGUACAAAAGAGCAACUUGAAUCCAAUUUGGAAUGAGGAGCUAAUUCUUUCCGUCCGUCAGGAUUGUGGACCCGUUAAAUUGCAAGUUUUCGAUUACGACACGUUCUCUGCUGAUGACAUAAUGGGGGAAGCGGAAAUUGACAUUCAGCCGAUGCUGACGUCAGCAUUGGCGUACGGAGAAGCUUCAAUGUUCGGGGAUAUGCAGAUAGGAAAAUGGCUGAAAUCACAUGACAAUGCACUGCUAGAAGAUAGCACAGUAAAUAUAGUUGAUGGGAAGAUAAAACAAGAGGUAUCACUUCAGCUGCAGAAUGUAGAGUCUGGGAUCAUAUAUCUUGAAGUAGAGUGGAUACCCCCUCCUCAAAAAUAGGUGGUGUUUAUGUUGUGUGUGUAGUAUAUAUAUAUAUAUACACUAAUUCUUUUCCUCAUUUCCAUCCCUCAUCCCACAUUCAAAAUAAAUGUUUUCAAUUGUCAACCAAAAUUAAUUGAAUGUUAUUUCUUUGUCACCUUAUUUUUUAAUUCAAGUAUCAUGUAAUUUUAUCCUAA